GUUGACGUCUUACAUCAUAAAAAAUCUUUGAUCAAAAUCUCUAUAAUAAAGAAUAAGCUUUUGAUGGCUCAUCAAUCAAAUUAUGAUUUUUCUUGUUAAUCUAAGCAGUUUCAUUAUCUUGUAGCUUCUGCGUGAGCUUACGAUUUACCGGAAUUACUUCGCAAAUAACCUACCUAAGAAACGUGACUCAAUGUCGUAAAGUAUUUGGUGUUUAUUGCAUGAUAUUUAGUAGACGACAAUCUUAUCGUUAUAGAUCAACAGACCCUUGUGUAUGAUUAUUUUGUGUAAUUUUAAAAAUGUAAAGCAAUCACGAGUGAAUUUAAAGCUCACAAACAAACUACUUCUUUUUUUAUCAUCAAAAACGAUAAAAACCUUGAAAGUCAUAAAGCUCUUCCAAUUCACGGCUAAGAAAUUUGAAGAGUGAAAAUACAAACAUGUUUACCGACUUAAGGAGGA